CACCUAUAGCUACAACGUCCGCGCGACAUUCGAAUUCGCGAUCGCAACGCAUCCCGGGACGUCGUAUACGUAUUCGGCCCGAUCCAACCCCCGACGUGGCUCAACGCUGAUUCUCUGGUCCCUUCUCAUCGAUUCAUCGAGCUUGAACAUUCGCCAGUCGUUCUCGGUACACCAGACAAAUACCGGCGUUGCCCACUCAAGUCCGUACUCCGCCCACAGUACCUGAGUCAGCAUGGACUUUGAUCAGGAUGCUCUCUCGCCGACUCUGGGCAGUGCACCAGUGAGUCCUACGUCCGGGCUGAAACCGGGAGAUGGUGCUGGACCUGCCGACCAGAAGCGACGGAGGAUUGCUCGGGCGUGUGACAUGUGCCGCCGGAAGAAGAUCAAGUGUGAUGGAAAGCUACCUCGAUGUACGCAUUGUGCGAAUUAUGGGACGGACUGUACGUUUAAGAUUGAGCCGAAGAAGAGGACACCACAGCCGAAGGGUGCGUCUGCGCAUCGUCAGAAGUACAUCGAACGACUGGAGAACAGGUUGGAGAGGAUGGAGGGGUUGCUGAGAGGGGUCAUGCCAAAUUACGAACCGCAGCAAUUAGGAUUGUUAGAGCAAGGGACGGAGGUUCCUGUACAAGCCAGCACCACUCGGAAGAACAGCAGCGCCAGUCAACCUCGAUUAUCAUUUUCUGGAUUGUCACCUGAUGAAGGAGAGGAAGGCGACGAGGAGCAUUCUGAUGACGAGCCAAUGCAGGAAUUGACGAGCAGGAUGGGUGUUCUUUUGUCGCACUCGGAUGCAGGACAAAGUUACCUCGGCGGCAGUUCCGGCAUUUCCUUUUUGUCAGACUGCAAAGACUUUGUGAAGGACUUGUUUGAUGAGUCAAAUUUCCCGAAGGCACCACCCAGAGACGAUCUGAUAGGCGGACAACCUGUUCCGCCCCCAGCGAAAGACAUCGCAGACACACUGGUGGAUGCCUUCUUUGCUGGUGUCAUCACUAUCUUCCCGAUCAUCGAGCGCGAGGAGUUUGAUGAAAACUAUCAGAAGAUGUGGACAGAUAAUCCACCAUUAGACGAUGUGCCAUGGAUGGCAGUAUACUACAUGGUGAUGGCAUUUGGUGCAGUCGAAUUGAGUGCGAAAGACGGCGCACGGGAUGGCGGCGUGGAUCCUGAGGCUGGAAAGAACUAUUUCCAUAACGCCUGGCAGCUUAACAGCUUGCUUUACGCACACAACACCCUGAUGGCUCUUCAGGCGAUGUUGAUGAUGGGUAUUUUCUUGCAGGGAACGUCAAGAGUGCAUGCGGCGUGGAUUCAGUUAGGUGCGACCGUGCGACUCGCACAAGCUUUGGGACUGCACAGAGGCACCAAUCUCCUGGACAUUGGGCCUUUUGUCAACGCGAAGGGGAAGAACGUAGCCCAGAGACAGCGCGUUUGGUGGAUCAUCUAUAUCUUCGACAAGAGCCUGGCAAUGACUUUGGGUCGACCGGCAGCGAUUCAGGAUGCUGACUGUGACGUGCCAUUGCCACCAAAAGACGAUGAGGAGAUCAAGGCUCAUUGUCAGCGGAACCUGAUGGGCGAUUUACAAACGCUGGCAGAGGGAACGGAGAGGUUCAACUUUUUCCGGCACGUAAUCGAUUUCGCAAAUUUGACGAGUCAUGUGUGUUCGAACUUGUACAGUGCUGCGGCUUCGAAGAUCAUUUCGCAACCUCAGAAGCUGGCGGAAUUGGUGUCCGAAUUGGAUGCUGAGCUGAUAGCGUGGCGCGACGAGAUUCCUAUCGUGAUUCGCCCGGAUCAGCCCGCGGAUCCUAUCACGGGUGCUGAGCAUAUUGAACGGAUCGAUGCACCGCGCGAGCACAUGCGUGCUAUCGCCAUGUUGCAUCUUUCCUACUACAACUGCAUUUGCGUCAUUCAUCGUCCUGGUUUGCUUUGUCGUGCAGUGGGUGAUAACUGGGCGGACAAGGCUCUUGUCAAUGUCCCUAACCCGCGCAUCUACGCCUCUGGUGAGAUUUGUGUCAACGGAGCAAGACGCAAGAUGGCCUUGUUGAAGUUCUUGCAUGAUAGAAAGUUGAUGGACCUUGUCGUCUGGUUGUUUCUGCACUACGUCUUCAGCUCUUGCGCCAUUCUGUUUAUCCAGAUCAUCAAGUUUCCUCAAGCAUCUUCUGCGCAGCUGGACUUGAGUCUCAUCGGAACUGGAAUUCAAAUUUUGACUGAAGCGAAGCAUCUGAAGCAGGUGUUUGCUGCUUCGAAGGUCUUGCAGUUGAUUCGGAAGCUGUUUGCAAAUGCGGCUGCGGCAAUUGAUGCGGCGGAGAAGCAGGACUCGUCGAGGAAAAGGCAGUUUACGAAUGAUGAGCAAGCAGCGGCAGCUACGGGUAGUGAGGUGCCCAUGCCUACUCUUGAUAUCCCCAUCAAUGCGGAUUUCGAGGGAGUCCCCACGGCAUCUUUCAACGCUCAAAUGCCAGGACCAGGUAUGGCUCAGGCAUCGGGACAGCUUCCGCCCGACCUCAUCAGUCCCUCCGUGUUCUACAACACUUACACGCAACCUCAAGCCGGCAUGCAAGCACCAGCUAUGGACCUUUCGCAAAUGUCGAUGAUGAACAAUUGGGGAAUGGGACCUAUGGAUCUUCAGCAACAGAUGCAGGGCACGGCUGCGUUCCAGAUGAACAAUAUGGCCGCUACUCCUGGUUUCGGGAUGGGGAUGACGAGUGGAUUCGAUCCUUCGCUUCAGCCUGCGCAGACGUGGCAGCCGCAACCGCCUAUGAGCUUCCACUGGGAAGAUUGGGAGAAUUACGUCUUUGAGAACAACCCGCAAUAGGUUUAUCUUGCGGGAAGACAGAGUAAGAUGGGGUUAUUUAUAUAUAUAUAUAUAUAUGUACGGCAAGGAUUGGGUUUCUUGGAGUUUUUGGGUUUGAACUUCUCGAGGUGAGGGACGAAUUGCUUCUCUACUCCUUCUUUUUAAGUAAGACAAUACUACUGGUUAUAAAGAA